AGAGAUAUAAAAUUCGAUGCUUUUCCAUUUUCUUAUAGGUUUAGGAUUUCAUGUAAUGUAGCAAGAACCCUCUGGGAGUUUGGGUAAUUUAUGACCUUUUCGCAGGUACACUCUGGUGUUAAUCAUUCUUCAAUUCCCUACUACCCUUUUAUCUCUCGGUUUACCAGAUAUCGGCAAUUUCGCCCCGCCGACGUUGAAUAUCUCCGUCGCUGUCUCCGAUGAAGCUCUCGUUUUCUCUCUCUUCAAAGCCAUCUUCAACCCUCAGAAAUCGGCCGCCCCCGUCUUCCUCUCAAACCUUCUCCGGCGAAGAUCCCCACCGUAACUCCUCCAACUCCACCGUCAAAGAGUACGUCACCGAAUACGACCCUUCCAAAGCUCCGGCGAGUUCCACUAAAGAUACACUUAUAAUUCCCCCAAAACAGAACGAAUGGCGCCCUAUCAAACGGAUGAAAAAUCUCGAUCUCCCUCUCCAACCCGAUUCCUCCGCCGCCGAUCAACCGCUUCAAUUCGAAAUUGAUUCCGGAUGUUCUGUUGAACCGGCGGCGGAUGGAAUCAGUUACGGACUCAAUGUGCGCCAAUCUGAAAACCCUAACCCUAACCAGAACGUGAACGUGAAUACGAACACGAAGCAGAUGAUUGAUCCGAUGUUGCAUAAGUUUAAGGAGGAUUUGAAGAGGUUACCAGAGCACAAUGGGAUUGAUGAGUAUACUGAUAUGCCAGUGGAGGGAUAUGGAGCUGCUUUAUUGAAAGGUUAUGGUUGGGUUGAAGGUAGAGGGAUAGGUAGGAACGCGAAAGAGGAUGUUAAAGUUGUUGAGUAUAAAAGGUGGACAGCUAAAGAAGGGAUUGGGUUUAUACCUGAAGUGCCAAAACCUAGUAGUAAAGGUGAAGGAAGUGUUAACGUGGAUAAGAGUGAUUGUAAUAUGGGGAAGAAAGGGUUAUAUGUUGGGAAGGAAGUGAGGGUAGUGAGAGGAAAGGAAAUGGGGAUGAAAGGAAUAGUUUUGGAGGUGAAAAGCGGUGGGGAUUCGGUGGUUUUGAAGCUUGGGAGACGAGGCGAAGAGGUGAAACUUCAGGCACGGGAUGUGGCUGAAUUGGGUUCAGUGGAGGAAGAGAGGUGCUUGAGGAAGUUGUCAGAAUUGAAGAUUAGAGAAGAAAAGAGUAAUCUUGAUGGGGCUAGAAAACAUAGAGACGAAGCAACAACGGAGAGGAAAAAGGAAAGCAGAAGAAGUAGAGAUGAAAGGAGUGAUAAAGUAUCUUCUUGGCUUGCCAGUCAUAUUAGAGUUAGGAUUAUAAGUAAGGAUUUGAAAAGGGGAAGAUUGUAUCUAAAGAAAGGGGAAAUUAUGGAUGUGGUUGGGCCGACAAGUUGUGAUAUAUGUAUGGAUGAAACUAGGGAGUUGAUACAAGGUGUGGAUCAGGAAUUGCUUGAGACAGCUCUUCCAAAGCGUGGUGGUCCGGUUCUUGUUCUGUAUGGUAGGCACAAAGGUGUGUAUGGCCAAUUGGUUGAGAAGGAUAGUGAAAGUGAGACUGGAAUCGUCCGAGAUGGUGAUACAAAGGAGUUGCUCAAAGUGCGGCUUGAACAAAUUGCUGAGUACCUUGGAGAUCCGAGCUAUAUUGGUUAUUGAUCCCUGUCCUUGUGAGUGGAAUUUGGCAUUGACAUGAUGAGGAAUUAAUAUUCAAAUUAAAGAAAAUCCUGGAUCAUGAAGGUGCUGUGCAGGAAGUCACAUUUACUGGUGAAGGCUCUUGUGUUGCUUAUGCAUGUAUUUUAGCUCAUCUCGACUGUACAUUUCAUGGUUGCCUAAAUUUCUUCGAUAUAUGAGGGUUCUAAUUCAUGCUGCUGAAGUUUUGCAAUGAGAAGCAUUUUUAGAAGCCCCAAAUGUCUUUCACUAUCUUCAAUUGUUUCAGCUAACUUUGUUAUAUGAUGAUCGAAUUCCAAUCGUAAUUCAGUUUGUUGUAUUGAAAUCUAGUCAAAUCAGAGUUUGUAAUUUGGUAUCUCGUUGAUAAAGAUAAAAAGUUAAAUCAGUAAAGUUUUGUUUGAGAA